UUGAACUUUGCUGUGAGGUUUGGGAGCCAAUCGGAGCCAAAGGCAUAGGUGCGAUUUCUCAGCACAGGAUUUUGGGGCGUGUUACGGCUAGUUAAUAAUCUGUUUGCUUCGCUCGAUUCCCGCAUAUUCUUCCGACCAGCAGAUCACCUUGAGUGCGCUACACGACUCUAUAGCAGCUGGCAGAAUGUGCGACGCAAACGUCAAAAUUGCAGUGAAGGAGUUUGAUAAAACUACUCUGCGAAAGACUGAAACAGAAGAGAAGUGCACGCUUCCAACUAAAGCUGAAAUUGAUGAGGAAAAGAAAAUUAACGAACAGGAACCUGGCAGAAUGGUCAAUGAAGAAGUGACCAGAUUUAACAUGAAAAAGCUCCGUAAGACUAAAACGGAAGAGAGGAACCCACUUCCAACUAAAGAGGAAAUUGAAACGGAGAAGAAAAUAAACCAAGAAGAACCUGCCAGAAUGGUCAACGAUGAAGUGACGAGAUUUAAUAUGAACAAGCUGCGGAAGACUAAAACUGAUGAGAAGAACCCGCUUCCAUCGAACGAUGACAUUGUUGCGGAAAAGAAACUGACCAAAGGCGGAUGUAAAUGAAGUCAUUUGCAUCGUUACUCAAGCUUGGCUUCUUCUACCCUUCGUCCAUAUGAUCCCGUCCCAUCUUCUGCCACCGAUGUGCCAAUAUGAGUUGAUUUAAAAAAUAUAUACAUAUUGGCGUAGUCAUGUAUUAAAUUCAUGCCAUCUAUGUUAUUACUUCUGUUUAUUUUUUAUUUUUUGAAAGAAUGUACCGGUAAUUUUGAAAUGAACCAAAUAAAACAAGUUCCGUUUGCAAAGCUCAAGAAAAAAAUUAACAUUACUAUUCAUGUAACCCUGCAAAAUGUGCUCAUACUGUAUCGCACCAUUCGGAAAAAUACUGUUUUUUUUUCUCCCUUUUUUUGUGGCCCACACUCUCCUGACAAUUCAACUCCAUAUCAACACUUUCCCGUUUGCUUUGAAUUUAAUUUGCCACAGAGUCACAAGUCGUUUUAAGUAUAGUAACGGUCUUGGAUUGGAGGGGGGGGGGGGUGAAAAGAAUAUGCAAGUAUUAUGCAAUUAUCAUUUGGGAACAGACAUGCAUGCUUUAUUGCUGUAUGAUUAAUAGUGCAUCGUCCACCUUAACGGCAAUGUUAAUGUAAUGUUUGUCAAGCACCAGUUUACACAUUAAAGAUGAUCAUCCAUUUUC